UAACGUUACUACUUCUCGACAUGGUUAUUAUUGAACUUCGUCCUGCGUGCGUAUAUACAAACAUGUAGGUUACCUUGGUGGCAACCGACCUAACUGUUUUUGUGAUCACCUAACUGUCAUUGUAACCUUUAGGUCGCAAAGAGAUUUAUCUGAUAGAACAGAUAAAAAUAUAAUAAAACAGUGGGACAUAUAUAACGUGACAUUGAUAAUAUACUUACAUAUUAUUAUUUAUGUACUUGCGAUAACGUUACUAUUUCUCGACAUGAAGUUAUUAUCGAACUUUGUCCUAAGUACGUACAGACAUCUAGGUUACCUUGGCGGCAAUCGACCUAACUGUUUUGUCAGUUGGAGAAAAAUGGCGACCGAAGUGGAGAAGGCACAAUCAGCUGUGCCAGAAAACGAAACAAUAUUUGGAAAAAUACUACGCAAAGAGAUCCCAUGCAAUUUUAUUUACGAAGAUAACCAGUGCGUUGCAUUUGACGAUGUAAAUCCUCAAGCACCUGUACACUUUCUAGUGAUUCCACGGAAAGCAAUUUCGCAACUUUCCAAAGCUCAAGAUGAAGAUGAACCUUUACUUGGCCACUUGAUGAAUAUUGCUCAUAAAGUUGCAAAGCAGAAAGGCUUAACAAAUGGAUUUCGCCUCGUUGUCAAUGAUGGAAAACAUGGUGCACAGUCUGUGUAUCAUCUGCAUUUGCAUGUUCUCGGCGGUCGACAAUUGCAAUGGCCACCUGGUUAAUGUGCUCAUAUGCUUAAAUGGACAAGCAUGAUUUUUAUUAUGAAAUAUAAUGUAGUAUAACUAGUAGCAAGGUUAAAGGUAUGGGUUAUGUCACAAAUUUUUUUUAUUCUAAAUAUAUCUAAAAUAUAUGCUUGUAAAAUAUUACAUAAAAAAAUACACCAUAAUGAUUAAUAAUGUAUU